CAGACCACUUAGAUAGUCAUGCAGCAGAUAUAUCCUGAUCAGCCACGGACAGUGUCUGGAGCACAGUUUCCAAUGGGACAAGGCCAUAUCCCUGGACAACCUGUCCAUGUCCCCACUGAACACCCUGUCCAUGUUCUCACAGGACAACCUGUCCAUGACCCCACUAGACAACCUGUCCAAUCCGUUCCAGGCCCUGGUGUCCCUAUGCAGCCUCCAGUGAAUCAACCUAGGGAAGGGCGGCUCGACAGAACCUACAUGAAAACUUUGCUGAGCGCCUCGAGACUUGUUGAGUUUAUCGCCUUGUUAAUCGCCUGGCCAUGUGGUGUUGUUUACUCAAACCGUACUUUCGGUGUGGAUGGUCGAGCAACGUUCUUUGCAGGAGUCUCCACAUUUUGUUGGGUAAUGGUGAUAGUCCUCCAAAUUGUGUUAAUGUUUGGCAUCCACAAAGACCGGCGAUACUUCAGGACACCAUCAAAUUCCACAUUGAUAGUUAUAGCUGUACAUGUCCUUAUGACCAUACUUCUCAUCGCUAGUACUACAAGCCUGAUUAUGGUCGGUGUCGAAUUGUUUAAAGCUGACCAAGCUCACCGUGAUAGAUACGGUGAAGGCAAACCUUACGACGAAAACAAUGUAUUCCUUGGUUUCGCCUUGUUGACUGGUGGGGCGGUCUGUUUCAUGUUCUUGGAUGACAUCCCGCCACUGACAAGGAUGUACAGGUUGCAAAGAGCAAAGGAAAUUGCUGCGGCUGAUGAUUCCCAGUAGCCUCUUAACUGACCUUCAACUGCGGCAGCCUGGAUCAGCGACAACGCUACCAGUUUACUAAAUUUGUAGAAGACAGCUUUGUUUGAAAGUGCUUCCUUAGCUUUGAUUGAUUUUUGUUGGUUAGCUGCAUAAAAAACGUUAUAGAGAGCUGCUGUGUUGAAACUUAGUUAGUUUUGACCUGCCCUUUAAUUGCAUUCCACAUUUAUCAUGGUUACUCUUUUUCCCUUACUGGUUUUUUAAACUUAAGUAUGACAAGCAUGUACUUCAGUCUUUUUGAGUAAAACUGUGGCACCUAUCACCCUAAAGAAACGAUGAUCGUAAGAGACAUACGGUCGUACGUGGUGUCACAUAGAAUACUCUGUCUAUGUAUCGUUUGUUGAACUCU